GAGGUGAUAAUGAACAGCACAAGAAAACAUCUGAAAGUCUUUAUUCGCAUGUGAGAUUGAUUAACUUCUGCGUGUGUGUUUUGUUUGUGUUUGUGUGUGUGAAUAGUUUGUUAAAAAGGCUUUGUGGCCUGUGUUCGAGGCUGACACACCUCCCCAGCUUGCUCUUCUGUAGGAGGAGGCUCAGAGAGAGAGAGACGAAGGGGGAGGAGGAAGAGGAGGAGGGGCUGGAAAAACUGUAAUCUGACUCCUGCUUUCAGUUUGCAGUCUGUUCUGCUAACAAGCCAAACCCACCGAGAGGUGAAAGGUCACAUUCUUCUCCCCGCGCCGCUUCUCCUAUUGGUCGAUCUACGUCAGGUUGAGCUGACUUCCUAUUUCCUGUUCGCAGGCUCACUCUGCCAGGCUUUUGUUUAGCUCUAGGGUUUUAAGGCCAACACGCUCUCUGACAACAGACGCCUGUGGCUCGACGAGAUAUUAUGAAACAUGAUCUCAUGCAGAGGCAUCACCCAGAUCUCCUCAGCAACCGUUUGUUGAGCUCGCAGCCUGAUUUUCUGCUUCACAGGUGACAAAGACGUCUUUACUUCCCUGCAGCCAGUCUGCACCUUCCCUCAGCCCCAGCAGCCGUUGUGCACGCCCAGGGAGAUGGCUCAUCCUUCCCGGGGACCAGUCACACCAGCCGGUUUGUCUUGCCGUGGUCGGGGCUCCUUGUGUUCGCCUAUCUCUAAGAGCUCCGGUGGUGUUUCCUCUCAGAACCGCGUAAGCGACUCCAACAUGUUGGAGCGGAUUCUGAAUAAGCCCAAGCUGGUGAUAGUGGAGGAGCCCAAGGAGAGAGGCAUGAGGUUUCGCUAUGAGUGUGAGGGACGCUCGGCUGGCAGCAUCUUGGGAGCAUCCAGCACUGAAACCAACAAGAGUCAGCCUGCGAUCGAGAUUCAAGGUCCCAUUAACCACUUACAGAAGGCCAAGGUCACCAUUUCCUUGGUGACCAAAGACCCGCCGCACCGGCCUCACCCGCAUUGCCUCGUGGGUAAGGACUGCCCCAACGGUUCAGGAAUCUGCGUGGUGACGCUCAAUCCUCACAGCAACCGACGUCACAGCUUUGCUAAUCUUGGUAUCCAGUGUGUGAGGAGGAAAGAGCUGGAUGUUUCACUCCAGAAGAGGAGAAACCAGAAUAUCGACCCCUUUCAAACUGGUCACUCAAAGGGCAUCGAAGACAUGGACAUGAAUUCUGUGCGUCUCUGCUUUCAGUGUGAGCUUGAAUGGGAGGACGGCAGAAAGGACAUUCUCAACCCAGUGGUGUCCAACCCCAUCUAUGACAAGAAGGCUACGACGACAUCGCAGCUGAAGAUCGGCCGCUUUAACCAGUACAGAGGUUCCUGCAUCGGCAAGACGGAGAUCUACAUGUUGUGUGACAAGGUGCAGAAAGACGACAUAGAGAUCAUCUUCAGACGAGGGUCGUGGAAGGCAAACGGGGAGUUUGCCCAGACAGAUGUGCACCGGCAGAUCGCCAUCGUGUUCAAGACUCCGCCCUACCAGGACCAGGACAUCACAGACGAGGUUGAGGUCAACGUGGUCCUGCGCCGCCUCUCAGACCAAAUGGAGAGCGAGUCUGUUACCUUCACGUACCUGCCACACAACCCAGAUCCAUAUGAGGUGAAGAGGAAGAGAAAGAUCAAGUCAGACAUCAGCUUCAGAGACAAACCCUGUGUGACACCAGAAAGUGCUCUCCCAGCGGAGCAGCCCUUCCACUUCCCGCAGCCUCAAACCAUGAUGUCUCCAGACGAGAGGCUUUGUCCUCCCCAGCCUGGGGCUUCCGCCUUAGGAGAAAUGUGUUACAACGAUCCCCAGGACUACAACGCCACCGAUGCGGCCAUCCUUAAUCAGUUGCUAGAAAUGCCUGGAGUACUGGACAUGCUUUCCGACCCAAGCUUUGCCUUGCCCGUGCCCUCUGGCUUCGAGCAGGGGCCCGACGCCAACCCCACGUUCGCAAACAUGGACAUGAACUUAAACCAGAACUUUGGCACGUACCCUCAGAACUUUUCCGUGUACAACGACGUGCAGUUCAACAUGCUUGUGAACGAGAACCAGACUCUGCAGUCGGAGGCACAGGACAGCCACUCCAACAUGGUUCAGGUGAAGACGGAAGAGGAGCUAUGAGGAGGGGGGGGGUGAAAGUGCCCUCACACACUCUCUCUGUGUCCACGAGAAUAAUUGGACAUUAUAGAAAAUGCACUUACUUGCUUUCUUACAGAGAGUUCUCACCUAACUCUCUGCAAGAAAGACCUUGCUGGUCAAGGCUUUAGCAACCAGGAGCAGGUUAACAUUCCUACAUUAAUGCUGCAGGCAUUAAGUGUCAGAAGACGGUGAUUUAAAAGAGCUUAAAAAGAAAAAUCAUCAGCGUCUAUGUGUGGGAACAAUAGAAACGCUUCCAUGUGUUGAAUGAUUGGUGACGUAAGACUGAAACACCUGUUUUGUGAUGUUAGUCUAAGAUCUGUUUUCUUCCUGCUAGAGGUUGACGUAGUUGUAAAACACAAAGUCUUGAGCGCAUCAUUUUCAGAUUUCACAUUGUUCUUGCCUGUUAUUACUCUUCUGUUGAUGUUGCCGUCACACCCACUGCCCUCUUUAUUAUUUAAUCUACUCAAUGCAAUAGAAACCAGGCCUGCUCUUAUUUAUAGCUCUGUUUGUAUCAGUUCCCAUUGUUCUGCAGUUUCACUCUCGUGCUAAACAUUAAAAUUUCCACCCGCAGCUUGUCACAAGUCUAACUCCGCCCCCCCGGCUAUAUCAUCGUAGUGUCAGUAUUUCAGAAAAGAAGCAAUAAAAUGUCAGUCUGUGUUA